AUGCUUCGGAAAUCCGCCCUGUGGAUCGCUGCACUUCAGCUCGUAGCCUUGGUCGCCUAUGCCCAUGUCGAUCUCAUCGCUCCCUGCCCCCGGUACUCAUCCGCGCCUGGAUGCCCUCCUCCACCUCGCGGCCAGUCGAUCGACUACAAUACCAACGCACCCAUCAGCAGUAACGGAAUUAACAUCCAACCUCUUUGCAAGCACUCCGUCCCAUAUGCAAAGCGCAAGGUCUACAAGGCAGGCGAAUCGAUAUCUACAGGAUACGGCAUCGGCUCUUCGCAUGGAGGAGGACAUUGCCAGUGGGCUCUCUCUUACGACCGUGAGAAAACAUGGGUUGUUAUCCAGACCGAGAUCCGGACUUGUCUUCAAGGCACCGUUACUGGCCAGAACGUCAACAUCCCAGUGACGAUCCCCAUUGAUGCUCCUUCAGGUGAAGUGACAUUUAUGUGGGCAUGGAUCAACGCGGUGGGAGAUCGUGAAUUUUAUUCCAAUUGCGCGGACAUUCAAGUGGACGGAAGGGAUGGCGGUUCUAUCUCAGGCGUUGAACUUCUCCUAUCCAACUACAACACCACCUAUGGUCUCAUCCCCGAGUUUCCCAAUGCCACCGAUCCUGAUGACCAUGAGCUCUUUGACGCAAGGAAACCCAUCACCAUCUCCGUCAAAGGUUCAGGGUCUGGUGCCACAUCAACCCCUGGAGGAACUCAGCUCCUCAACACACGCCCAAUCUCCUUCUCUGGCGACUGA